CCGGUUCUCGGAGAUGCUCGAUUUAUCCUCCCCUGCUGUUGUCCUCGUCCUGGCUCCGUCUCAGGAGCCUGCAGGACGCAGUAAAUGUUGCCAGUGCUGGCGCUUGGGUGCCUGGUCUGCGGCGUGGCCAGCGAGGACGUGAGCGUCAGCGUCAAGGGAAGGAGAGUGCAUGGCAGGCUCCUGGCGGGGGAUCACUGGGCCCCCGCGCCGCUGGACCGCGCGUGCAGCGCCAUUCGGCAGAGCUUUGAGCCGUUCUUGCCGCACCGCUUUGCCGAGGACGCGGUGACCAGGUACUCGAAGCAGCUGCAGCGCUUGGCCCGCACGGUGGCCCACGGGGGCGGACAGGGCCUCGACCGUUGGUGCUGGGCGGCGUGGGGCAUGAUCAGCCAGAUCAUGCGCGGCGGCGCGAUGCCCGAGGACCCGCUCACGUGGCCCGCGCUGGUCGGCUUCGACGCGCGGGCGGGUGGCGAGGACUGGCUCCUGGAGCUCUUCCGUGCCGGCUGGGCCGAGUCCAUCUUCGGCCUGCUGAACACGCUGGCCUCGGCCACGCUGGACCGGCUCGGCGCCGGCAGCGCUCCGGCCCUGCAGGGGCGCUGCUCCGGCCACCUGCGCAGGGCCGAGGCCGCGCCGCGCGCGCCCUGCGCGCGGGGCCCGCCCAACGGCAGCUCCGACUGCGGCCCCGCCGAGGGCCUCGACGGCGCGCUGCAGCGCGUGCAGGAGUGCCUGCGCGCGGAGUGGCCGCGGCUGCUUCGGACGGGGCCAGGGCGAGGACUAAUGCGUUCCAGAGCGCCGCAGGGCGCUCUCAGAGCGUUUCCUGGGACGCUCUGAGGAGGCCUUCGGCGCCCGAGGCAUCCUCC